AGGGAGUACAAGUAUUUCUGAGGUCAUUGUGACUCUUGAGUCAUCGUUUCUGGCAUGGCACGUAUGAGUAGCUGGGCUCUCCCCGUGCUGCACAUAGGCCAGCUCCUAUUAAAGGGUCCUGCGCUCCAUCCCCGUAGCUGCCAGACAGUUGAGAUGGGGAGGCUGCUGCUGUUGGCUGGGCUGGUUCUUCUGAUGAAACACAGUGAUGGUACUGCCUACAAGCUGGUGUGUUAUUUCACCAACUGGGCUCACAGUCGGCCAGGCCCUGCCUCCAUCUUGCCCCGUGACCUGAACCCCUUUCUUUGUACACACCUGAUAUUUGCCUUUGCCUCAAUGAGCAACAAUCAGAUUGUUGCCAAUAAUCUCCAGGAUGAGAACGUUCUCUACCCAGAGUUCAACAAACUCAAGGAGAGGAACAGGGCCCUGAAAACACUGCUGUCCAUCGGAGGCUGGAACUUCGGCACAUCACGGUUCACCUCUAUGCUAUCCACAAUUGCCAGCCGUGAGGAGUUCAUUGAUUCAGUUAUAUCCUUCCUGAGAACACAUGGCUUUGAUGGGCUUGAUCUCUUCUUCUUGUACCCUGGACUACGAGGCAGCCCCGCGAAUGACCGGUGGAAUUUUCUCUUCUUAGUGGAAGAAAUUCGUGAAGCUUUUGAGAAGGAGGCUAAGGAGAACAACAAGCCCAGAUUGAUGAUAACUGCAGCUGUAGCUGCUGGCGUUUCCAACAUUGAGGCUGGCUAUGAGAUCCGUGAACUUUCCCAGCACCUAGAUCAAAUCCAUGUCAUGACAUAUGACCUCCAUGGCUCCUGGGAUGGCUACACAGGAGAGAACAGUUCCCUCUACAAAUAUUCUACUGACACUGGCAGCAAUGCUUACCUCAAUGUGGAUUAUGCCAUGAAUUACUAGAAGAACAAUGGAGUCCCAGCUGAGAAGCGCAUUGUUGGAUUCCCAGAAUAUGGACACAGUUUUCUUCUGAGCAACCCCUCCAAUAAUGGAAUUGGUGCCCCUACCUCUGGUGCUGGCCCUGCUGGACCCUAUACCAGGGAGGCUGGGUUCUGGGCCUACUACGAGAUUUGCAGCUUCCUGAGAAAUGGAGCCACUGAGGUCUGGGAUGCCUCUCGGGAAGUUCCCUAUGCAUAUAAAGGCAAUGAGUGGGUUGGCUAUGACAAUGUCAGGAGCUUCGAUGUCAAGGCUCAGUGGCUUAAGCAGAACAAUUUUGGAGGUGCCAUGAUCUGGGCCAUUGAUCUUGAUGACUUCACUGGCUCUUUGGACCAGGGCAAAUUCCCAAUGACCUCUACUCUUAACAAAUCCCUGGGUGUGUCCACAAGUUGCACAGCCCCUGAUGUGCCCACUGAGCCUACGGAGCCAGUGACUUCUCCAGGAAUCAGAAGCGGGAGUGGGAGUGGGAACUCUGGAGGAAGCUCUGAAGGCAGCGGAAUUACAGCUGAUGGCCUGUACCCUGUGGUCAAUGACAGACAUGCCUUCUGGCACUGCUCCCACGGAAUCACAUACCAGCAGCAAUGUCCGACAGGCCUUGUCUUUGAUACCAGCUAUAAUUGCUGCAACUGGCCAUGA